UCAAAAAUUAGUACAACAGUGCAGUGAACCCCGACGGUUAAUUGACGAUUUUUCCGUGAAAUAUUGUAGAAUAUAUCUAAAGGCGAAGAGCGUCGCGGAUGCGAUCGAGAAGUGCGUUCGCCCUGUGUUCGGCUGUGCAGUUGGACUCCGUUUCGAAGAUGUCUACGUUGAGUGUACGUGCCCCCGGCAUCCAGGCCACCAGCAUGCUGGACACGAGGUCCCUGAGAGUGCGCGGCGUCACUAACAUUGACACCGUGCGGAGAAACUUAUUCGGAUGCACCGAUAGAGAAGAGAAUAGAAGAUUUGUUGAACGUGAGUUGGCACGGCAGCUGGAAUUAGACAGUCAAAGAUGGGGCUUCGAUUUCGCAAAUGAGAAACCUUUACCGGGGCCGCAAAGAUUCGCAUGGCAACUGGUCCCUAUAUCGAGUAUACCAGUGGCACUUAGAAGAGCACCGAUCACGGUCGUCGCUCCCAAGCCAAGUACACCCUCACAGGAGACUCAAGUGGCGAGCCCAGAGAACACGAAAACACAAAAAAGGAUAACAGAUUUCCUGAAGCCCCGAAAGAGGACAGCAAGCAAUGGCAAGAAAUCCCCUUCAGUGCACAAACAUGAGUGCGGACACGGGGCACAUAUACGCCCUCCCAAGGUCGCCCGGCUCAACCAGACGCACUUCAAACGGUCCAGCUAGGCCCCUCCCGUAGCCGGGGCCUCGGCAACUGCAAUCCACGUGCAAUGUUAACCCGUGUAAGACUAACUCAACCCGGGUGACAAGCAGUGUGCAUUAUUUUAUAUCUAUUUAUUCUAUGCCAGACGUUACGUGUUCCGGCGAUAUAUUUAAGUUAUUUGUAAGAUAACUUCAACCAUUAUACUUUAGGAUUCAUUUAAUUUCUCUAUAGUUUCACUCGGUACAACACUAAAUUCAACGCUCAACGGAAUAUUAUCUCAAAACUUGUAUCCGUUACUGUACGUUUUUACUGUCGAACAAUUUGUUAAAAUAUACUGUCUUCUCUUAUUCUUUAGGAAAAAGAAAGAGAACAAUAUAUGUUAAUACAAUUGUUACUAGUAGAAUGCAGUCAAAUAGGCAAUUUUUCUCACAAAACCACAUGCAAUAUGGAAGUGCGACGUAGUUUUAAGUUUAUUAUGAUCUCUUUGACAUAUUAAUUAAGUUAUAAUAGAUUAAGUGCUAAGUUUACGGCUAGAAUGGAGUAUAUUUUAAGGUUUGGAUUUAUUUCUGAUGAGUGCAAGUAACGUAAUAAAUGUUUCACUUUGAAAAUGUUAUAACGUUGGCGGGAAUUAGAUUUCAGUCGAAAUGCGUUAGAAUAUUUUCGACGUGUGUUUGUUGCGGGCUUUUUGCGUCCCCCUAGUGCGCAGGCGCAUGGGGGGACACGAAGAACAACGGAAACGAUAUAGAGUAGUAAAAUACAAAUACUCAAAAUGGUAAUUUUGUUGUACGCAACAAAAUUUGAUUUUAUUUUUGCCAAUAAUAUUUAAUAAGUUAAAAAAACAAAAUUUUAUUUAAACGGAUAAUUGAGUAUUUGUGUUUAGAAACAUUUAGUGUAGCCUUUCACAGGUUAAUUCGUUUUAUUGUUGCAUUUUGAUGGAUAUUCUAUAAAGAAUUUGUUUUUGUUCUUACAAAUAUCUUAUUUUACCAGGAUAGUUUUACGAAUGGCGUUUGCCGGCGCUAGAUGGCGUCGUGUGGCCGCGGCUCUGUUUCAGUACAAAUUAUAUCAUUUCAGUUUUAGUUAGGAGAGUCGCGGCCUACGUUUUAAAAGACAAUCAUUAUCAUCAUUUGAAUUCAUUCGGUUUAGUCUUAAAUGUGUUUGGAGCGAGUUAAAUUUGUCGCAGUUAAACCAAAGUUAAGAGUUAACUUGACAAGGCCUCGGUCGUAAUGAAAUGUUUUCUAAUGAAUUUCUUAUUUUGACUAUUUGACGAUAACAAAAUUAAAAUAUUUAUAAAACGCCUGUUAUAGACAUUUUUACCUUUGUAAUCGUUCUAAUUGAUUAAGUUUGUUUGUAAGAAGUUUUUUGAAGUUUGUGAAAUUUAUAAAAUGUGUUUGUGUCGCCUCGCAGACAGAUGUCGCUAUUGUUUACAGACAUGGAAUAGAUGUUUUUAUAAAAAAAUAAUAUACGUAUGUUACACUAUUUAACUAAACUACCAACUAAUUUUAUUAUAAAAUGUUAGUGUAUUAUAAAUAAUCGUCUAAAACCUUUAUAAUCGUUUUUGACGAAUUUUUAUUCUAAAAAUAACAAUAUAUAACCUUUGUUUUCGAGGCGACAUUUAGAUUGUUUUGAAAAAUAUCUGAGCAAAUAAGCUUAUUAAAGUCGGAUUUUCAUCACAAUAUCGAUCGUAAGUUUUCAACGGGGUUGCUAUGUUCGAUCGUGUUUAAAUAUAUUAAAAACAAAGAAUAAUGUCAUAUAAGUGUAAGAUUUUUAAGUUAGAUUAAUUGGGGAUGGCAACACUCGAUGUUCAGCUCACUGAUUACGUCACGAUCUUAAUUUAUUUCUGUUAACACCUGUGAUGUAUUAAAUAUGAUCUCAGAAGAUAAUUUAACUGUACGCAAAUGUCAUUAUUUAAAUAUGCUACAAAAUGGUAGCGAAGAAAACUGUAUCCCUGUUGAGGCAAUGAGAAACAAUUUAAUACAUCAAAUUAUUUAAACAUAGAGUAAUGCGUGUACAGAGGGCGCUGACGGCACUGUAAAUAUGGCAACACCAGUGUAUUUAUUGUUAGUAAGUGCGUCGACUGCACUUUGUAAGGGAUACAAACAAAAAAAUAAAUAUAAGCUUCUGAGGCAAAAAAACAACGAACACUGCGGACUAUCGCCAUUUCAAUAUCAUGUCAAAAAUGCCACAAUUUCAAUAAAACGAACAGGUUAUUUAAAUUACUGCAAAACUAAUUUAACAACACUAUUUGUAUCAAUUAUUUUAUUUGUUUUAUUGUAACAGAAUAUCACUGUCGCCACAACUGUAAUUACAUAAUCACUUUGUAAUUAAUUUAUUGAAAUGUUGUUUUAAUGCAUAAAACAAUUAACAUUUUAUAGAAAGUACAAAUAUUUUCAUUUACCGUUAUUUCUAAUUUAAAAGUAAUUUCCUUUAAUAAAUGCGAAAUAACACUGGCGUCAUAGAAAUAAUAUAAAAAGAUGUGGUCCGUAGUCUUCAGUGUACGUUGUAUAUAAAUGUAGUGCCAAAUAACCGUUCGUUUCCACUGUCUAAAGAUUCGUACAAUAAGUUAACAAGUUAACGAAUGUCUCGCCAGUGUAAACCGACGGCAGCCGGCAGUCGCGAGGCAGCAUUGCCUUUGGGCGCGAACAUCCGAACCUUUGUACAUACUUCGGCCAAUGUUCUAAUAUGUUUUAUUGUGUAUCGAGUCUUAUUGUGUAUUUAUAAUUUGUAUAAUGUAUAAAAAGUUUACUAGUUAAAAAAAGCUUACUUCAUACUA